GCCGGAAGUCGUGCCGCAGCGGAAAGUGGAAAACUGUUCUGUUUGUUCGUCUCGGCUCCGGAUACGGGUCCUCCUUUACCCAUCACUAUGCCAGCGCUACUGGAGAGACCCAAACUGUCCAACACCAUGGCCCGGGCACUCCAUAGGCACGUCAUGAUGGAGCGGGAGCGCAAGAGGCAGGAGGAGGAGGAGGUGGACAAGAUGAUGGAGCAGAAGUUGAGAGAUGAACAGGAGAGGAGGAGGAAGAAGGAGAUGGAAGAGAGGAUGUCCUUGGAGGAGACCAGGGAACAGAUCAUGAAGCUCCAGGACAAACUGAAUUCACUACAGGAGGAGAAGCACCAACUGUUCCUGCAACUGAAGAAGGUUCUUCAUGAGGAGGAGAAGAGGAGAAGAAAGGAGCAGAGUGACCUAACAACCCUGACAUCCGCUGCUUAUCCUCAGGGCAUGGUCAUGCACACAGGAGCCCACCUCCUCAAUAUGCAAGGCAGCCCAGGAGGACAUUCCCGAGCCACCAGUCUCAUGUCAGAUCGAGCCAAGCAGAUGUUUGGAGCCCCAGUCAUUGCUGGGCGCCACUACUCUUCCCAGACAUCGUUCAGCCCAACAGCAGCAGAACACGGCCAGUACCAGAGCAGCCAAUCCAGCCACGGCCCUUACACUGUAAGCCAAUCACAGCACAGCUUUGCAGCAGGACAGGCUGGCCCAGUUAACUAUGCAGGGAGUCAGCCAAUAAGAGGUCCCUCUGCCUUCCAGACAAUGCAGUACCUGUCCCACCAGCAGCCGGGGUACAGCAUGCACAGUCACUAUACUGGCCCCCACGCAGGUUUCAUGCCCACCAGCACGGGGAUCCCUCUGCAGAAGCAGCUGGAACAUGCCAACCAGCAGUCUGGAUUCAGUGACUCAUCCACCCUACGUCCCAUGCACCCCCAGGCUCUGCAGACUCUGCUUCCUGCACCACAGAUAACUGUGCCACUGCAGCCAGCCAAGUCUGCCCUGUCCUACAGCCAUCCCUCCCGCUCUGCCUCUCCGGGUGGAUACCCUCAUGGGACGCCCCCUCAGCAGCCCCACACGUCUGGAUUUCAGGCCUCCCCCCAGCAGAACCCCCGCCUCCCCUUCAUGCAACAUGGACAGAACCAGCGCUUUUACCACAAAUAAUGGCUCCACCUACAGAAGGGGGCGGGACUUGCUCCUAAUUUCUCUCCUGUCUGGCGCUUCUUGCCUAAUUCUGUGCCAGCUUUGUACCCCCAGGCGCUGCUAUACUGAAUAAAGUGCUUCUAUCUGGCUUGGC